AUGUAUGCAGUGGAAACACUGUCAGUUUCAUCUGUUGAAGGUUCGCCUUCAUUUGAAGCCAUUGAAGGUUCGCCUUCUGGAUUAAAAAAUGAAAAAGAUUUAUCGAAGCAAACCAAAGAAAAUUUACCAAAACAAGCAACCGAUUCAGCUAAACAAGCAACCGAUUCAGCUAAACAAGCAACCGAUUCAGCUAAACAAGCAACCGAUUCAGCUAAACAAGCAACCGAUUCAGCUAAACAAGCAACCGAUUCAGCUAAACAAGCAACCGAUUCAGCUAAACAAGCAACCGAUUCAGCUAAACAAGCAACCGAUUCAGCUAAACAAGCAACCGAUUCAGCUAAACAAGCAACCGAUUCAGCUAAACAAGCAACCGAUUCAGCUAAACAAGCAACCGAUUCAGCUAAACAAGCAACCGAUUCAGCUAAACAAGCAACCGAUUCAGCUAAACAAGCAACCGAUUCAGCUAAACAAGCAACCGAUUCAGCUAAACAAGCAACCGAUUCAGCUAAACAAGCAACCGAUUCAGCUAAACAAGCAAGCAGAGAAGAUUCGUCUUCAAAAGAAACCAAAGCAUUCAACUUCGCAGCUGCGGCUGGUCCAAAAAACAGAAGUCAUAAAAAUGGGAAAAAAUGA